UUCGGAACAUCCUUCGAGUGGCCGGUCAGGCAGCCAGCGGGAAAAAGGGAACGACGGUACAAACAGCUGGUCGCCGACCAGACGGAACUGCGCGAAUAGAAGAAUGCUGCGUGUGGUGGGCGCAGCGCUGCGAGGUAUCGCAGCAAGAGCAGUGAGUGCAAAUGUGACUAAGCCUAUUGUUCCUACGUGUAAUUCUGUUACUAAUUAUGUACAAUGUAGAGGGUUUGGAGCACUAUCAGCUAUCGUCCAAAAAUGGACCACAGUUGGGCCAGAGCAACACAAAACACUAUUGAACCAUAUGACUAAGAAUUAUCUACCUGUGCCAAUAGAGCCUAUCAAUAUACCAGUAAGGACACUAAUCAAAUUCUCUAUGAGAAAUGGAAAAAGAAGAACUGUAAAGGCAGUUAUAAAACGUUUCUAUAGACUGGACUGGGGUAUAUGGAUUAGAACAAAGGCAGGUCGUAGUAAGCGUCUGUGGCGUAAAUCAUCAGCCAGGAAGAAGAGAUUGCGAGAACAUGUAUUCUGUAAUGCUACACAGUCUACGCUAUUGGACAAAAUGGUAGCCCCAUUCUGGCACAGACGACAUUUUUACGUCGAUGAUCCAUACAAUCCUUAUCACGAACGAGAAGAAUUCUAUAUCACCAGAAGAAAACCAUUACCUUAAUUUACUAUGUAUAUUGAUAAAAUUAGAAGCAAUUUCACUUAACAUGUUUCAACUAAAGAAACAUUAAAAUAAAAUCACCUGUAUGAAAAAA